UACUACACCGACAAUGUAAUUACAAAACUUUCUCCUCCUGCAAACUCGCAACGAAAUGAGUCCUUCAACAGUACUGUAGGCUCAAAGAAUCCAAAAAUUCGAUUCUACGGAGGAAGUGAGAGCAAUGAUUUCCGUGUCGCCUGUGCAGUGGCUCAAACAAAUGCUGGAUACGGUUAUGUCUGCAGAACUCUAGAAGCUUUGGGGAUAGAUCCAGGCUUGGCUUGUACCAGAUAUACCCUAGAAAUGGAAAAAAAGAAAGACAAAGAUUGUCAAAGAAAGAAUUCUCUUGAAUUUAAAAAGCGUAGAAACCAGUUACAUACGAAGAGAAUCCACGGCAUUGCAAGAAAGGAAAAACAGGAGGGGAAAACGUAUGAAACAAAUGUUGGCCUUAAUAUCGACCAAACAACUGGGCCCACUGCAAUUGACCAUCAAAUCAAAGAAAUUUCUCGUUUGUUUGAUGACCAUAUCUCUGUGGAAACUUUAAAAAGCUAUGAAGUGGCAGUUUCACCCCUUACCCCCCGACCAGUAUGUCCAGCUAUGAUAUAUGACAGCAAGUUAUUUUACAACAUUAUUAUAUAUAACACAGAAACAAACACUACAGGCAAAGCUGCCCAGUUGUGUCAAUUGUCAGCUAUCGACAAAUCAGGUUAUAAUUCGUUUUCAGAAUAUAUUUUGCCCACAAAAGACAUUGACAAACAUGCUUCAAGAGUAAACAAACUCUCGGUAAAAACUCUGAACGGGAAACGAACACUUUUUAAAGAAACAGCAGCUUUAAAAACCCUUACCUGUGAUGAUGCCUUGUCCCGCUUUAUUGUUUACCUGAAAACAUCCAUCGACAAUCUCAGAAGAGAAACAACGAAAGAUAUUUGCACGGUUCUCAUCGGCCAUAACUCCAAGAAAUUUGACACCCCAAUUUUUUUGCGCCACAGUUGCAAUGAUGUUCAUGCGAAAUUACAGGCGAUGGGAAUUUGGUUUGGCGGUAGCCUAUCCCUGUUCGAUCAUCUGGUGAAAAGCAAACAUGAAGCACUAAAUCUGUCUGAUGGCCAAACUUGUUCGUCGAAAGAAUCAGCAUUUUACGACCGUUUGUUCAACGAGACAUUUGAUGCACACGACGCCUUAGAAGAUGUUAUUGCCCUACGUCGAAUUCUGUUUGCUUCGCCGCUUCGUCUUUCGGAAGAAGACAUCGUAUCGUAUUGCAAGCUUGUUUCGAGUUCCGAUGCACUAAACGACUGCCAGUACUUGGACAAACGGCACGAACUGCUACAGACGCUGAAAGACAAAUUUACAGCGAUGCAGGCAACGAUGGAGCAAUUAGCACGAGCAUGGCUGAGAAGAUAG